AUGGGUAAUUGCUUUUCAACGAGUCAACGGCGGUGUGGCAUCUGCUACUUUGAGCUGGAUGAAGAAUGCGCCUCUUUGGUCGAGCCGUCGGUUCACAGAAGCUACACUUGGCGCAAGGAUUCUCACAUUCAUGAUGAGGAGCGAUCGGAGUUACCAGACGAGCAACUGCCCUAUCCAUUACCCGAGGCCUGGCGAGAAUUCCUCCGGAUUGGAAUCAAGGCGAAACUCAGCAUAUUCCAGGCAUCUCGCCAACGUGGAUGUUGUGGCUGCGAGUCUAUUGUCAAGGCUAUCGAGUCUGCCUGUGCAGAUGAUGGAGUGUUUUUGGACGGCAAAUGCUGGGAGGAAGACGUGCAGAUUACUUGGACGAUGCCCUCUGGUCGCGAUCGAGACUUGAGCAAUCUCAAAAUUGAUCUCACGGUGAACACCAGCAAGAGAGAGGCGCCGGACCGCGGCUCGGAGCAAUACCAUAUCUGGACAAUAUUGAUUGAUGUUGACAGAACGGAUGACAACCGAAAGGAAGAGAAUUAUCAUCCGUUCGCUUACAAGUCUCCGGUGCCGUUCAACAACACGGGAUCGGAAACUUCUCUGAGGAAAAUCAGCGAGUGGCUUCACGAGUGCAACUCAAUGCACGAAUCCUGCAUGGCUGGGCCAGCCGCACAAUUGCCCAAAAGGGUCCUUGAAAUGACGCCGGAUUCGGAGAAUAACAUCAAAGUUCGCUUGGUUCAAGAUGUGGGUGGGCAAGAGAGAUAUGUGUGUCUAAGCCACCGAUGGGGAGCGUCGACACAUCUCUGUCAAACAACUGUUGAGAGUCUGCCUUCGCAUCUUGAGGAGAUCCCCUGGAGUCUGUUACCAAAGACUUUUCAAGACUCCGCGAAAGUUGCCGUGUGGCUUGGUAUCAAGUAUCUCUGGAUCGAUUCGCUGUGCAUCAUUCAAGAUAGCGCCGAGGACUGGAAAGAACAGGCAGCACAGAUGUGUGAGAUUUACACCGGCGGCUACGUGACCUUUGCGGCGGCAUGGUCUGCCGAUAGCGAUGUCGGUCUUUUCAGGGAAAGUCCUUCAUUCACGGUAGAACCUUCUGCAAUUGUUGGGCAACACGGUGCCUCGUAUCUCGUUCGAAGGGUCCCUGAACACACGACCUGGGACGUUGCAGGUGUGCUGAAGAUGACCCCGGAGCUCCCCCUUCUGAGCAGAGCGUGGGUCUACCAGGAGCGUCUUCUUUCCCCGCGAAUCGUUUACUUCACAAGAUACGAAAUCGCUUUCGAAUGCGCAGGGAGCAGUCGGGACAAGAUCUGCGAGUGUGAGCAUAUCCCUGGAGGGAUCUGGGGAGGCGGUAGCAAUGGCGCGGGUACUGGCGUAGGCGAACAUACAGACUACCGCAAAGUGUAUCAUUCUGAAGGUCUCGCGGCGUCCAGUCUUGCCGAGAUCAGAAAGUACUGGCACCAGAUCGUGGCAGAAUACUCUGGGCUGCGCAUCUCGUUUACAUCAGACCGGCUUCCUGCUCUUUCGGGUGUUGCCAGACAGUACGGAACAGCGCACUCCUCCGAUCUAGGAAGAUAUGUGGCGGGAAUGUGGGAAAAUUGCUUCCCUUCUGAGCUUUUGUGGUACUGUGCUUCUCGGAACAUCCACGACCGUCCUGAUUUCUAUUGCGGCCCGACGUGGUCUUGGAUUUCGACGGGAAACAUCAUCACUUAUGCGACGGGCUGCCCAAGGACGUAUCCAGAUGAUCUGGAAAUUCUCAGCAUUCACUUUAAGCUAAAUGGCCCAGACAAAUUUGCGUCUAUAUCCGAUGCGGUUAUGGAGGUUCGAGGCUACUUGGCGGCGGGCACCUUGAUAGAGGUGCAUAAUGCUUUGUCAGAUACAAAGAGCAUACGUUUCGAAGGCGUAGCCGGGAACUCUCUGCCCUUUCAUCAUGACUAUCCUUUGAUUCAGCCAGGUCCAAAGCAUAUCCCAUUUGGAAGCCGGAUCUUUUCUAUGAAGACGGGCUUUGUGUGGGGAGGGCAGCAUAUAUGCAUGUUACUGCAUCAAACGAACGUGGCAGAGGAUACGUAUGAGCGACUCGGUCUUGCCACGGAGGUGAGCAGAGCGGAUCUCGACAGCUGGUUCGUUGACUUCAAAGAUAAAAAGACAUUCAAAAUUAUGUAG